AAUCGGAGUGAGAUCCCCUGAAAUCCUUCUUCGCCUCCGUGAAAUCUCACCGGGAAAUUUUCCUCCGUCGGGUAUCUCAACCAACCGCCGCUGAUGGACAGCCGCCCGAAGCGACAACGAACCACAGGACUCGCCGGAAGGAAUCUGAGGCGAAAGCUUGAUCUGGAUAUCGGGGAAAUCGCCGAACAAGUAAUCGAUCUCGCUGUCGUGAUCCGUCGCCACGUAGAGGUUCUCAACACAAGCUUCUCCGAUGCGGAACACAAUCGCGCCGCCGCCAUAGAAGCAGCUCGUGCUCUCUGCGUCCUCGCCGAAAAUGAGGAAAGCGUGGAUAUGAUUGUCGUAUGUGGUGCGGUCCAUGCCCUUGUGAAAUAUCUAGAUGCUCCAUGGGCUCCAGUACAUGGCGAGAAUGGCCCUGAACCGAGUGAUUAUGUGUUGGAGAAAGAAUGUGCCGUUGUCCUCGGACUUAUUGCCAUUAAACCUGAGUUCCAGCGGCUCAUUGUGGAUGCCGGGGCCGUUGGCCAUGUUGUGAAGUUGUUGAACAGAAAAUGGAUUCAUUGUGGAUGCAAAACUGCUAAUGCAUUGCUUAGAAGAACUGCUGAUUUGAUAACUCAUAUCGCUCAUGAGAAUCCAAGGAUUAAAACAAUCGUAAGGACUGAAGGUUGCAUUCCGCCUCUUGUCCGGCUAUUAAAUUUUCUUGAUGUUAAGGUACAGAGGGCAGCCGCAGGGGCAUUGCGAACCCUCACAUUUAGGAAUGAUGAGAACAAGAAUAAGGUCAUUGAGUUAAACGCUUUACCAUCACUCAUAUUGAUGCUUCAAUCGGAAGAUUCUUCUGUGCAUGGCGAAGCGAUUGGUGCAAUUGGAAAUCUCGUUCACUCAUCUCCAGACAUCAAGAAAGAGGUUCUCCGUGCGGGCGCUUUGCAACCAGUUAUUGGUCUGUUAGGUUCGGCUUGUCCGGAGACGCAGAGAGAAGCAGCGUUAUUACUAGGUCAAUUUGCAGCACCUGAUUCAGACUGCAAAGCACACAUUGCCCAGAGAGGAGCCAUCACACCGUUAGUAAAACUGCUUCAAUCGCAAGAUGAGCAGCUCAAGGAAAUGUCAGCUUUUGCCCUUGGUCGAUUAGCUCAGGAUUCACACAAUCAAGCUGGGAUUGGACAGAAUGGUGGAAUAGCAACACUCAUAAGUCUUCUCGAUGUUAGAACUGGGUCUGUACAACAUAAUGCUGCAUUUGCUUUGUAUGGUCUUGCUGAUAACGAGGACAAUGUUGCAGACUUUAUCAAGACUGGUGGUGUUCAAAAGCUUCUAGAUGGUGAAUUCUUUUUGCAACCUACUAAGGAUUGUGUGACGAGGACAUUAAAGAGACUAGAGAACAAAAUUCAAGGACAAGUGCUGAACCAGCUACUAUAUCUAAUGAGAACUGCGGAUAAGACGAUCCAAAAGCAAAUUGCUCUAGCUCUACCUCACCUUUGUGACCCUGAAGAUGGAAAAUUGAUUUUCAUUGACAACAAUGGUUUAGAGUUGCUUCUGGAGCUUCUAGAUUCGACGAACAUCGAACAACAUAAAACUAGUGCAGCGUCUCUGUACAAAUUAGUUACGAAAGCUGCCUCCUCUGCUCCAGAUAAUGCAGCUCCUUCCUCUCCAACCCAACAUGUGUUUUUGGGUGAGAAAUUUGUGAAUGAUCCUACUUUGUCGGAUAUCACUUUCCUUAUCGACGGUAGACAAUUCUACGCUCACAAGAUUUGCUUGGUAGCUUCAUCUGACACUUUUCGCGCAAUGUUUGAUGGCCUUUACAAGGAAAAGGAUGCUCAAAACGUUGAGAUACCAAAUAUCAGAUGGGAAGUUUUUGAUCUGAUGAUGAGAUUCAUAUACACAGGAGCUGUUAACAUCACUAAAGACAUUGCUCAAGAUCUCCUUAGAGCAGCCGAUCAGUAUCUUCUACAAGGCCUCAAGCGCCUCUGCGAAUACACCAUCGCGCAGGACAUCUCAGUUGAUAACAUAACGUUGAUGUACGAGUUAGCAGAUGCAUACAACGCCUCGACGUUGAGACAAUCGUGCAUGCUAUUUGUUCUCGAACACUUUAAUAAACUCAGCACCAAACAAUGGUUUUUGAAAUUUGUUGAGCAAAUUAUACCGGAGAUUCGAAGUUACAUCACAGAGGUUCUUACUCGGUCGUCCAAUCUAUACCCAAUUCAUUGUAUAGAAUAGAUCAUAUCGUUUUGCUUUCAGUAUUGAUAGAUGAUUUUGUAUAAUCACUUGUAUGGUUAUCAUUCUUUUUUUUUUUUUCCUGAGGCACAUACGCAAACUGCUUAAAUAACUCCCAAUCCCUGAAAUCUUUGCACAAAUGACAACUCUGAAAUAAAAAAAUAAAAAA